AUGAGAUUACCACUGAUAAUUCUACUAUUUCUUUGUAAAGAAAUACUUGCUUGUCAAUCAGGAUGCAAGUGUCCAACACGUACGACGGCCGUCUGCAAAGGUUCUUCCCUCCGAUCAAUUCCAAUUCUUUUGGAUCCUCGUACCACUGUACUUGACCUUUCAAACAAUCGAAUCUCCCGACUUUCUGCCGAUGAAUUAAGUCUUUAUCCGAAUCUCGAGCAGUUGAUUCUUCGAAACAAUUCGAUAACUCAUUUGUCAUCUGAUGUAUUUUCAACUCUCCCACAUCUUCGUCUCCUCGAUUUAUCCUCAAAUAGCCUGUUGUCACUGCCAAAUGAAGUGUUCUCAAAGCUGAAAAACCUGAAGACUCUGAUCAUUUCAUCGAAUGAUGUUCAAUUGGGACCUGAAUGCUUCUCUGGACUCUCUCAAUUGCACACACUCUCUCUGGCUGAUAAUCGUCUCUCCUUCCUUCCUCCAUCAGUUCUCAAACCACUUUCUGGUCUGAGAAAUCUUGAUUUAUCAGCAAACAAACUUCUGUCAAUGCCGGCGUCUGUUUUGAAUAAUCUUGGGGGUCUCGAGACGUUGAGAUUGAGACAAAACUUGUUGUCAAGCCUUGAAACUGGAAUGUUCAUUGCUCAAAAGGAAUUGAAACAUUUGGAUGUCAGUGAGAACUUGAUUGGAGACAUUGAGGAAGGUGCUCUUUAUGGACUUGAGAAAAUGGAAACUUUGAAUUUGACCAACAAUCAACUGGUCCGUUUACCUGGAAACACGUGGUCUCUUCCAUCACUGAAAUGUCUCGAUCUCUCUUCAAAUCUGAUCGUUUCUCUAGAAACUGCUUCAUUUGAUGGAUUACCUUCACUUCAAUAUCUCAACAUCUCCCACUCGAGAAAUCUCAAAACAAUUCAGAUGGCAACAUUUGUUCAAUUGUCUUCUCUCCAUUGGCUUUCAAUUGCUUCAUCUGCUCUAACCUAUAUUCAUCCAUCGGCAUUCAAUCAAAUUCCUCCACUCUCUUACUUGGAUCUCUCAAAUAACGAGAUUCGUUACCUUGCUCCUGGAAUGCUUCAAUGGCAGAAUAUUCGAAAUCUCCACUUAGCUAACAACGACUGGCAAUGCUCCUGUGACCUCCGUGUAUCUAAUCUGAAACCACGUGAUGAUGCCAGAUGUUCGGGACCAGAGAAUCUAGCAGGAGCUCCAUUGAAUGAACUCAACUCAUGCAGCAUAUUGGGUGGUCUUCUGAUUCCAUUCCUUUUGGUUAUUUUCAUUCUACUUCUUGCUCUCGUUAUACUGGCACUAGCUUGCAAGAGACCAUCGAAAAGCUCCUCUUCAUCAAAAAACCGUGCAUUCUACAAUGAUCAAUUGAUUGCUGCUCUCAAUUCACACAAAGAAUACACAUUUGAUUGUCAUUCUCCAUAUACAAUGAGCUCCGAAGAUUCUCGAGAUUCGGCGUACGAGUCCCCAACUUCUGCUCUCAUGCCACGUCGACCACCUCCAUCAUGUCCACCCCCACCAAGGCUUUUGACACUUCCAAGAGCUGGUCCAACUCACGUACCUCCUCCAAUUGUUCCUACUCUUCUCAGGAAUUCGAACGAUCCUUAUUUGAUUCCAAAGUCACAAGUACCUAUUACGAGGCUAUAG